AUGGCCGACGAUAUUCCGAAUCCACCCGCCAAGAGGUCUCAGGUACCGAGAGCUUGUCAACGCUGCAAAACUCUCCGCCGAGGCUGCAACGAAUAUCGCCCCUGCAGGAGAUGUGUGGAUGCAGGUCUUGCAGAUCGAUGUGUCGGACAGUCCGGUUCUCCCACCAUCCUUCAGCCUGUCCACGCAGUAUAUCCGUACCCUUACCAGUCAUUCCCAAACAUACACAACGGCCCUGCGGAUGCCCUCGCCCGACUGACUGAACUUGUCCCUAGUCAGGUACUGGACCACUGCGUUGAGCGCUUCUUUGCAAGACUGUACCCUACGAUACCCAUUCUUACGCGCGACUAUGUUGACCAGCUCAGAUCGACAUCUCCAUCUUCACUGGAGGAGAGGUUGGAAGCUUACUCUGUUCUUGUGGCCAUGUGCGCCCAGGUUUUGCUCCAAUCUGAAGAGCCAGAGAAUCUUCUCUCGCAGGGUCUUAUCGCCCAGAAUAACGCGACAUAUGGAUCAAUGAUUGUUGACCAGACUGUCGCCCUCCAUCAAUCAACUCCAAGAACUAUGAGGCCCCGGUUGAACCAAUGCCUUAUUGCCUUCUUCAUAUACGCGUGUCAGGCGAGGUUAUCACAUCACAGUCAGACGUUCUUGUUUCUGCGUGAGGCCACGACUCUUUUCUGUUUGCUGAGGCUCGAUGACAUGGAUCAUAAUUCCAAAGCGUUAGCCCAUCGUUUGUUCUGGGUGCUCGUGAUAUCUGAACGAUCACACGCCAUCCGCUAUCGUCGUCCAAUUACUUUGCAGAUAACGGAUGAAGCGCCAGAGAUUGACAUGAAUGAUCCUUCAUUAUCGGGAUUUUGGAGUCUCUCGGCCCUGUUUCGACCAAUUGAUACAUCCUUUGUCGCUCUUCUCAAUCAGGAAAGGUUCGCUAUCACGCCGCCUCUUUCGUCACUCGACUUUGUUGAGACUGCGGUCAAUACAGCAAUCAAGCCAGACGCACUACUCCAUGAGACACAGAAGGCAAACCUGAGGAUAACCCAACUCUGGCUACGCAUGACUGUUUGGAAACUACGUCUCCGACUAGGUCACCUGAGCGAAAACGCACAGCAGUACAGUCUCACAUAUCAAUACCCUCUUGUAAUUGCUAAAGACUUGACACUCUCAACACGAGAUCUCUCCAUCGACAGUAUUAGUAUACAUGGCAUAGGCGUCACAGAGAAACUGUACGAUAUUGUCUCAGCAGUAGUGGACGUACUUGCUCGCGUUCCCGUUGCACCUUCGAGCCCACAAGGUUUGGCAAUGGGAACAGCACCUGAAGAUGACUUGUUGUAUAUUCGAAAUCUCAUUACUAAGCUACCAGGUGGUACAAGCACAUAUGAUCCUCUUCUGGAAAAGCACAUUCAACAGGCGUUACCAAGUCCUGACUCGGAUGUGUCUCGGAAUAGUCCUUCAAUACCAAGAGUAAAUCCGCAAUAA